ACGGCAGCGCACGGUGCGGAGCUUCAGUCUCCAGAUUCCAGUCACUCAGCGAGAUUAUCCUCCUCGGUGAGAGACCGACACCUUGGAGUUCGAAUUAUCGGUGCAACACUCUCCAACAAGACUCCAGGAUAUACCUAUGCAUCAUCUCCCAGCGUGUCACUGCGACAAGCCAUCAACACAGGGGGUUGUCACUCGCACCAUCAUCCCGACAAACUCACCGCGUCUUUUCCCGCCAUAUUGCCUCGGUCGCCCAACCAUGCUCCGAUCAAGCUUCCCCAUGCUCGCUUUUGUCGACCGGCCAAGGACCUCGACUCAGCAGGGUAUAUGCCUUCUGUCCGGCUUUCGGAACCGCAACCUAGAAUAACUGUCACUCACGGUCAUCCCCGGGAGCUUCUUUUCUGGCCAGUGCCGUGGCCAUCGUGA